GUUAGAUCUACGAUCUGCGCGGCUGUGGCGUCCAUGUUUUACGUGUGCAACUAACCAAUGUGUUAACUGUCCAACACACAGCAUGACCUGAGAUGCGAAACGAAAUAAUGUGGAAUUAUUGACAAUAUUUAAUUACAAAAGUGUUAUUUUAAUAGCCGAAUACACUUGGAGACUAAUAAUUUCGCCACUGACAAAGCCAUGUUUCGGCAAACGAAGGGAGUGCUCCAGAAACUUAGAUAUCUGAGUUUCAAUGGACAGCAGCACACAUGGAGGCUGAAGAGCACCAAAGCACAAGAGAGGGCCUGUCAGUACCAAGCAGGACAGAAAAUCCACGGCUUUACAGUCAGAGAAGUUGUGGUGGUCCCGGACUUGUUUCUCACAGCAGUGAAGUUGACUCAUGAUAAAACUGGGGCUCAGUACCUGCAUGCGGCCAGAGAUGACGCCAAUAACCUCUUCAGUGUCCAGCUCAGAACGACCCCCAUGGACAGCACCGGGGUCCCUCACAUCCUGGAGCACACGGUGCUGUGUGGGUCUGAGAAGUAUCCGUGCAGAGACCCUUUCUUCAAGAUGCUCACACGCUCCCUGUCCACCUUCAUGAACGCCUUCACCGCCAGUGACUACACCAUGUAUCCGUUCUCAACACAAAAUGGGAAAGACUUCCAGAAUCUUCUUUCGGUGUAUCUGGAUGCAGUUUUCUUCCCUUGUUUACGAGAGCAGGAUUUCUGGCAGGAGGGCUGGAGGCUGGAGCAUGAAGACCCCAAAGAUGUCAGCACCCCUCUGGUGUUUAAAGGAGUCGUGUUCAAUGAGAUGAAGGGCGCUUUUUCAGAAAACGAGCGCGUGUACGCGCAGCACCUCCAGAACAAGCUGUUUCCGGACCACACGUACUCUGUGGUGUCGGGAGGAGAGCCGCUCGACAUCCCCGACCUCACCUGGGAGCAACUCAAACAGUUCCACGCCACACACUACCACCCCAGCAACGCCAGGUUCUUCACAUAUGGAGAUCUGCCUCUGGAGCAGCAUCUGAAGCAGAUCGAAGAGGAAGCUCUGUCCAGGUUUGAGCGCAUCAACCCGAACACAGAGGUCCCGUCACAGCCACACUGGAGCAGCCCUAGAGAAGACCAUGUGACCUGCGGCCCUGAUGCCAUGGCUCCAGAUCCAAAGAGGCAGGACACGCUGUGUGUGAGCUUCCUGCUGGGAGACAUCACGGACACGUUUGAAGGGUUCACUCUCAGCCUGCUGUCCUCUCUCAUGAUGUCUGGACCAAACUCUCCGUUCUACAAAGCUCUCAUCGAACCCAACAUAGGGACCGACUUCUCCUCUGUCGCAGGAUAUGAUGGCAGCACCAAAGAGGCGUCGUUCAGCAUCGGUCUGCAGGGGAUGGCUGAGGAAGACACGGAGAGGGUGAAACAGAUCAUCCGUGAAACCAUCGAUGACAUUAUAGAGAAAGGCUUUGAGGCGGAAAGGAUCGAGGGUCUGCUCCAUAAGAUCGAGAUCCAGAUGAAACACCAGUCCACAAACUUCGGCCUCUCUCUGGCCUCGUACAUAGCGUCGUCGUGGAAUCAUGACGGUAACCCGGUGGAGCUGCUGCAGAUCAGCGACAGCGUCACACAGUUCAGAAAGGCUCUAAAGGAAAACCCUCGCUUCCUGCAGGACAAAGUCAAACACUACUUCAAGGAGAACACACACAGACUGACCCUCUCUAUGAGUCCAGAUGAAACGUACGUGGAGAAACAGGCAAAGGCAGAAGAGGAGAAACUGCAGAAGAAGAUCCAGGCUCUGUCUGAGAGCGACAGGAAGGAGAUCUAUGAGAAAGGUCUGGAGCUGCUGGCCGCUCAGAGUAAAACUCAGGAUGCUUCCUGCCUGCCGGCGCUCAAAGUGUCGGACAUCGAACUGACCAUCCCCAUCACGCCCGUUCAGAUCAGCACCGCAGGAGGCGUCCCUCUGCAGCUCUGUGAGCAGCCGACCAACGGCCUGGUGUACUUCAGAGCGAUGUGCAGCCUCAACACGCUGCCAGAGGAACUCAGGCUCUACGUGCCGCUGUUCUGCAGCGUCGUCACAAAGAUGGGCUGUGGAGGUCUGGACUACAGGCAGCAGUCUCAGCAGAAGGAGCUGAGGACGGGGGGGAUGUCCGUCUCUCCUCACGUCUCCUCUGACUCCGCCCAGCUGGACAUGUACGAGCAGGGAGUCCUCCUGUUCUCCUCCUGCCUGGAGAGGAACCUCCCUCACAUGUUUCAGCUGUGGAGCGACACAUUCAACAGCCCCCACUUUGACGAUGAGGAGCGCCUGAGAGUGCUGGUGAUGAUGUCAGCGCAGGAGUUAGCCAAUGGGAUCGCUUACUCCGGUCACAUGUACGCCAUGACUCGAGCAUGCAGACACCUGACUCCAUCUGGAGAUCUGCAGGAGACGUUCGGAGGGAUGGAGCAGGUGAAGUUUAUGAAGAAGAUAGCAGAGAUGUCAGACCUUAGUCAAGUCAUCCGGAUUCUACCGAGGAUCAAAACACAUCUUCUGAACCCCGACAACAUGAGGUGUGCAAUCAACACGACUCCACAGAAAAUGUUCGACUCAGUGUCUCAGCUGGAGAGUUUUAUGAAGGACGUCUCUGGAAACAGAAAGACACGCAAACCUGUCAGAAGUAAUAUUAUCGAGAGGCCUCUGGAUCCGCAGGGUGGAUCCGGGCUGAGCAGGAAACUCAUCUCUGAGGUGAACUUCCAGCCGUGUCAGAUGAAGACGUUCUUCCAGAUGCCGUUCCCCAUCAACUUCAUCAGCGAGAGCAUCCGCACGGUGCCGUUCGCCCACGAGGACUACGCCAGUCUGUGCAUCUUGGCGAGGAUGAUGACGUCGAAGUUUCUCCACGGAGAAAUCCGGGAGAAGGGCGGGGCUUAUGGGGGCGGAGCCAGGAUGGGAGGCGGACUCUUCUCCUUUUACUCAUACAGGGACCCGAACUCCAUGCAGACCCUCUCAGCGUUUCGCAGAGGCGUCGAUUGGGCCAAGUCGGGUGAUUUCUCCCAGCAGGACAUCGACGAGGCCAAACUGUCAGUUUUCUCCGCCGUGGACUCACCUGUGGCCCCCGCCAGCAAAGGAAUGGGUCGUUUCCUGAGUGGAGUCACAGACGAGAUGCUGCAGGGUCACAGAGAGAGGCUCUUCGCUGUCUCUCACAGAAGUCUGGUGGAGGUCGCCGAGAGAUAUCUGGGUGUCGGUCAGAGGACGUGUGGUGUCGCCAUCCUGGGCCCAGAGAACGAGACGAUUAAAAAAGAUCCCUCAUGGAUUGUAAAAUAAUGUAUUAUUAAAACCUGUUAGGAUUAUUUUUUAAAUGGUGGCAAAAAAAGCUGAAGCGCACAAAACCAGAAGGACAGACGAGUGUUUUAGUAAAUCUGACUCUGCAGAUUAUGACUUUUCCUUCUUUGAUAUAUUCUGUUAUGUACAUAUUUAUGAAAAUCUGAUUAUUAAAUAACAGUAUAAUAUUGGAAAAAUCUAA